AUGCUCCCUAAGAUCGAGCUCCAGCCAAAGGAACAGCAACUACGGCGACUACUACUGGAUGUUGCCAAAUCUAUAGAUGACUUGGGGAGUCUGAGGGAACCCGUUGUUCUCCGUUGGGCUGGUGGAUGGGUGCGCGACAAGCUUCUCGGCCUGGAGAGUCAUGAUAUCGAUGUGGCCAUCAAUAACAUGACUGGCGUCACCUUUGCUGAGCACAUGUGCAACUACUGCGACACCCCAGAAGCUCGUGAGGCUCACAAAAUUGAGAAAAAAGACAUUGGAAACCUUCAUAACGUGGCGCGCAACCCCGAGAAGUCCAAAAACCUCGAAACAGCUAUGGUCAAAAUGUUUGGUCUUGACCUCGACUUUGUGAACUUGCGCAAAGAGGUUUACGUCGAAGAUAGCCGAAACCCCAUUAUGGAAUUCGGCACUGCUCAGGAGGAUGCGUUUAGGCGCGAUGCGACUAUCAAUGCCGUCUUUUACAACCUCAACACCGACAGAAUCGAAGACUUUACCGGUGGUGUCGAAGACAUGGAGGCGAAGCUCAUCAAGACGCCCCUGGAGCCCUUAAGGACCUUUACUGACGACCCUCUCCGCGUUCUUCGACUUGUGAGAUUUGCCAGUCGCCUGGGAUUUUCGAUAGAUCCAGGAGUAGAACGAUACAUGGGCAAUGAAGAGGUCCUCAACGCUCUCAGAAUCAAGAUUAGCCGCGAGCGUGUCGGUAUCGAGCUAGAGAAGAUGCUCAAAGGAAAUGACCCACGACGGGCGUUGCAUUUCAUCGACAGGCUGGGCCUCUACCGUGCAGUGUUCACUGACCCAGCGAAAGACUCACCUGAGCUCAAGUACCUCCCACGGUGGCCUGUGGUCUACGAGUGCCUGGAGGAUCUCAAGAAGAGCCGGUCCCCGAAAUCCAUCUUUGAUAUCCUCGUGCGAACGGACGACGCCGAGUACGUUGCCUGGAACCACGCCGCACUCGCUCCCUGGAUGGUCAUCCCGGACCCGCCGGGUACAAAGAAGAAGGCAAACCAGCUGCCUCCCGUUGCAGGCAUAGCCCGCGAAGGCUUCAAGUCCCCAAAUAAACUCACAGAUGUCAUUUCCGCAUCCUAUAGACAUCGCGAGGAAAUUACGAGCUUAAAAAAUGCCGUGAACGAGCAGGCUGCCCACACAAAUGAAAGGGACCGGCUGGGAAUGGCGAUCCGGCGAUGGGAUGCCCAAGGUGGCUCGUGGAAGCUCCAGGUGCUGAAUGCAUUGCUGGUCGAGGCUAUGAAAAUGCUUGAGGAGUGGAAACACGAAAAGACCGCGAAGGACGCCAAAGAAGCGGAUAAUGACAUUUUGAAGAAGCAACGGGAUUUUCUCCAGCAAUGGCAAAACUUUCUCGACCACCUGCUUGAGCUUGACCUGUUUGAUGCACCAUCCACGAAGCGUUUGUUGGAUGGUAUGACUCUAGCCAAAGCUCUCGGAAUAAAGCCUGGAAAAUGGACCGGAAAGGCUCUGGAUAUUUGCAUGGAAUGGCAGCUACGGAAUCCAGAGGAGAAAAACCCAGAGGGAGCGAUUCAGGAGGUUCGCAGAAGAAAGGAGGAGUUGGGAAUAUCUAUUUGA